AUGCACUCUUCUAUGAGUAUCUGUGGUCUCGAAGUGCACUCUAUUCCCUGUCGUCACGAAUUCCAGAUAAAAUUCAAUAAGUAUUUUGGCAUAGGACGAGAUGACGUAGGAACUGACCUAGAUCAUAAAUCCGGCGUUCAUAGGAAACGAGAUGUGGAUUCUGUAGAGACUAUAGAGGAAGAUGUGGGCGAUUAUGGAGAAGGAUUAGACCGAAUGGAACCGGAGUCUGAAGAUAACAGCAGAAGACCAACAAAUGUGAUCAUAAGAGAGAAUUACUUGGACUGCGUGAACAUCAACACCGAAGUGGACAAACUGUGGACCAACUUCAAUGUCAUCAGCAAUGAGAGUUGUCUCACACUCUAUAGGUUCGCACCCUUUGAGAUCACAUAUGAUGUCCACUUCAAGAAUGGCUCCAUAUCUCAGACUAAGAUUCAAUUGGGACUACAGGACAGCGAGAGAACUACAGACACAAUAGUAGUGACACUAACGGGGAAAGUGGUUGAGGGCUACCUGACGGGCGCCCACUUCCAGAGUGUAACCGUAUAUCCAGUGCUGAACGACAACAUAUGUCUGACUGAACCGGGAAUCACAGAAUUGCGAUCCAAUUCGGCUUCCGUUACAUUCAUUCUGUUGCCCAACAGUCCGGUCACUGAAUCCACAGAAUCUUCAAUCACUUCACGAGUGCUUCGACUUCCGGAAGCGUUUGACUGUUUCGGUAACGCAUCCAUUGAUUACAUCCCAGGACUCGUCGAUUUCAAACAAUUGUGGACCGAUUCUGACAAAUAA